ACGUCAAAGCUGACAGCCAUCGCUGCUGCCGGGCCGACCAUGGCUUCUUUUGAGGAGGCAUUCUCUUGACGACUGUGUCGUUUGAACAGAGUGAGAAAAAAGCAAAAAUCAGCUUUUGUUCUCGCUGCAUGCUAACUUUGCGGUGGUCUUCAACACAAGGCCGCCACUUCCGCCAAGCUUAAUGAUCUGGUCACUGAGCCAACUGAAGCUACGCUAGGCCAGGCGAGCCAACGUCAACAUCUUCUCCGUGUGCUGUUGGUUUGUUUGGGUUGGAUUCUUCCCCGAAGAUGUCAUCGUGGCUCGGUGGGCUCGGCUCCGGCCUCGGCCAGUCCCUGGGCCAGGUUGGCGGAAGCCUGUCGUCCUUCACCGGGCAGAUAUCAAACUUUACCAAAGACAUGUUACUGGAGGGAGUGGAAGAAGUAGGAGACGCUGCCACGGAGCUGCAGGUGUCCAAUUCCAAGUUGGCAGAUGUCCAGGCUGCCUUUGCCUCCCAGAAACUUGAGUGCGAAAGGUUGAAAAAGCUGCAGGCGGAGCUUGAGGAGAAGCUGGAGGCGUCGGAGAUACAAAUCAAGCGACAGUCGGAUGAGUACAGAGCCCUUCUGCAACAGAAAGAUGUGGAGAUCAGUCACCUCAAGGCUCGUCAAAGUGGCCUCCACGAAGAAGUCCAGAAGCUACAGAGGUCCGCCCAGUCUGCGUCUUCCAGCCCCGCCGUGCUGCCCGUCACCACAGCUUCCUCCUCUGUCACCACGCCCUCUUCGAUGUCUCACCACCAAGGCUUCCAUGGCGACGACAUGGACCUCAGUGACGUCAUCUGGUCCCAGCAGGAGAUCAACCGGCUGUCCUCAGAGGUCACACGUCUGGAGGCGGAGGUGGCGCACUGGAAGCGGAUGUCUCAGGCAUCAGCAGCAGCAGCAGGGGCAGGUAACUUGGACCAGGGUGACAUUAUCAAAUUUCAAAGAACCGUAAAGGAACUGCGGGACGAGAUGAGCCGCGAGGUGGACGAGCACCAGCACGAGCUGGCCGCCCUGCAGGACGCCCAGCGCCAGAAGAUGUCGGACCUGAGCCGGCGCCACAGGGAGGAGCUGGCGGAGUAUGAGGAGAGGAUAGAAGAGCUGGAGGAGCAGCUGCAGAGCGGCGCUGGUCCUCCCGCCAGCUCUCCACCAGGUGCGUCCAAAUUGCUCGAGAUGCAGGCCACCAUCGAUGCCCUGCAGGAGGCCACGGAGCAGAGGGAGACGCGUCUGUCUGAGCUGACCGCCAGCCUGGAGGAGGCUCAGAGGAAACGGGCCUUGUUGGAGUCUGAGAAAGAUGACACCGUGGCGGAGAACGCCGGUCUGCUGGAGAACUACGCCCGCUUGCAAGCCUCCGUGGAGGAGCUCCAAACGCGGGUGCAGGAUCAGGAGGGGAAGGCUCUGCAUAAAGUCCAACUGGACCACGAGAUCCAAGUGCUGCGGAAAAACCUUGCAGCUGCAGAAAAAGAAACUGAGAGACUCAAGGGCCUGCUAGGGGCAGAGGAAAAAGAGGAAGUUGAGCAUGCUGAUAUCUUAGAACUGAACACCAUCAUUGGCACGCUACGAGAAGAGAAGGAGGCGCUUCAGCAAGAAAUGGUCAAUCUACAGCAGCUGCUGAACAAACCAAGUGGCGAAGGAGGUCCACUUACCGAAUCUGAGGCACUUGAAGCCCUGAAGGAGGCACUGGAGGGACGAGAAAAGACCUUGAAGACCAUAGAGGAGGAACGUGACACCCUACUGACUGAACUGGAGGAACUGGACCGGCAAAACCAGGAAGAAACACAGCAUAUGAUUUUGGUGAAGGAGCAACUUUUAGGGCAGCUAAAGGAGGCCGAGGCCGAGCUCUCAAGACUGAACUCGGAGCACAACACGACUAGAAACCAGAAGAGGGCGCUGGAGCAGAAACUGGAGACUCAGAAAGAGAAAACUAGGCAAAGUGCCUUCACGCUCAACGACCUGCACAUGAGCAAACAGCAGCUGGAGGCCACUGUCAGGGAGUUGAAAGACAAACUGGCACAAGUUCAGGAGAAGAGUAUGGAGGCACACAGAGACAUGGCGGAGCUGAAGAAGAGCUUGCAGGAGAGGGAGGAGCAGCUACUUGCCGCAAAAGAAGAGAUGAGUCGGAUGGCGAAGACUGGAACAGAGCCUGGACAUGCUGCAGAUGAACUAGCGAGGAAGGAGCGAGAACUUUCAGACCUCCAAAGAGAAAUGAGCGACAUGAGGUGCUUUCAGGAGAAAGUGAUGUCUGAGGACUACCAGUUGAAGAUGGAGAACAGAAAAUUGAAGGAGGAACACCAGCAGGCUGUGACUAAAGCAGACGACUUGAACUUACAGUUGAGGGAAAGUCAGGCUGCCAUGAGCAGGACGCUGCGGGAGAAGGACACCCGCAUCCAAGCCCUCAAACUGGAGAAAGAUCAGCUUGAGGGCGAACUGCAACAGACUGAGCGCUCUCUCUCCGAACAGGGCAGACAGUACCAGCAGACCAUCGACGAACUGACCCGAGCCCGCUCCAUGGAUGCCUCGGCUUUACAGAGGGAGCACGAGCGCACUAUCAAACUCAACCAGGAGAAGGACGUUGAGAUAGCUCAGCUGCGGCGAGACGUGCAGCAGCUGGCGUCCGAUCACAAAGACACCAACGAGAUGCUCGCCAUUACUGUUGCCGGGCAGAAGCAGCUGACAGAUUUGCUCCAGGAGAAGGACACGUUCGCAGAGACUGUUAAACAAAAUGCUGCAGACAUGCAGGCGGAGCUGCAGAAGAGCGUUUCAGCCACAAGGAAGGAGGCCGAGACGCUCCGACUGGCGCUAGAGGAAAAGGACAAACAACUGUCGGGAAUGAAGGAGGAGAACAGCCAUUUGAAAGAGGAGAUAGACCGGGUCCACGAUCAGCAGAGCAGACCUCAAGUGCCUGCCGAACCUCGGACCCUGGACAUCAUCACCGACCUGGAGGCCGAGAUUGCCCAGCUCAAGUCCUCAAGGGGCAGCAUGGAGGAGGAGGUGCAGGCUCUGAGAGGAUGCCUGGAGGACAAGCAAGCCUCGCUCCUCAGGUCUCAGAGCGAGCUGGAGCAGGCUCACACUCGCUACCAGCAGACCACGCUCAACUACGACAGACUUGUCCAGGCCAGAGACGAAGAACUGGCUCGACUCCAGCAGACCGUGGACAGGCUCAGCGAGAGUCCAGAUCUUGCCGUGUCCACCACGGAGCCGGGAGACGUCAUACUGCAGGAGGACAAGACCCAGUCUCUAAACCAGGAGAAUGGCACAGAGAAGCAUGACCUCUCCAAGGUUGACCUGGAAAGACUGGUGAGGGGCAUGAAGGAGAAGGAGACGGAAAUUAGCCAGCUGAAUGAGAAGAACCUGUCUCUGACCAGGCAGCUGGACCAGCUAGUGGUGUCCCGGGACGAAGUGGGUAAACUGUCCCAGAUGAUCCUGCAGAAGGAUCUUGAGAUCCAGGCGCUUCAUGCGCGAGUCUCCAUAGGCAGUGGCGGAGGCGGGCACAGUCAGGACGUACUCUUCCUCCAGCAGCAGCUGCAGGCGUACGCCGUGGAGAGGGAGCAAGUUCUCGCCGUGCUCAAUGAGAAGACCCGAGAGAACAGCCAGAUGCGCUCAGACUAUCACCGCCUCAUGGACAUCAUGGCGGGAAAGGAGGCGGCGCUCCUGAGGCUGCAGCAGGAGAACCAGCGGCUCUCCAACAUCAGCGAUCCAUCAGGAAGUCAAGAGAUGUUCAAGGAGACUAUCCAGAACCUCUCUCGCAUCAUCCGGGAGAAGGACAUCGAGAUUGACGCACUGACUCAGAAAUGUCAAACGCUGGUGACCGUGCUGCAGUCCACAGGGGGAGACUCUGGUUCUGGAGGUGUCAGCAGCAACCAGUUUGAGGAACUGCUGAAAGAGCGCGACACCCUCAAGCAGCAGGUGAAGAAGAUGGAGGAGUGGAAGCAGCAGGUGAUCACCACGGUCAAGAACAUGCAGCACGAAUCGGCCCAACUGCAGGAGGAGCUGAUCAAACUCCAGGCUCAGGUGUCAGCUGAUGGCGACUCCAACUCCAAGCUUUCAGUGGACUACACCAGACUGAUCCAGAGCUACGAGCACAAGGAGCAACGAAUCGGCAGCCUGAGUCUAGAACUAGCUCAGGUCCAGCAGGCCCUUAGCCAGCUCAGCAGCACUAAGGACCUCCUGUUGGCGCGUCUAGAUCUCGCGGCACCAGCCCCUGAAACCAAAGAUGCUCCGUCAAGCAUGGCAGAUCCUCCAAACCACCAGACCACCAAACUAUCGGAGGACCUGGCAUCUCUUCAAGCACGACUGGCCGAGAGGGAGAGCUUGAUCAGAACUCUUCAGGAGAACAACCACCGCCUCUCCUGCUCGGCCUCCUCCUCCGAGAGUGAGCACAGGAGCCAUGCCGCUGAGGUGCAGCAGGUCCGAGCCAGCCUGGAGGCCCUGCAGAGGUCUGUCAGGGACAAGGACCUGCUCAUCAAGACCAAAGGCGACCAGCUGGCUCAGGUCAGCGAAGUCCUCCGCAACCGUGAGAGCGACAACGAGGUGCUGAAGCAGGCCGUCACCAACCUGAAAGAGCGCGCCCUCAUCCUGGAGUUGGACGUGAAGAAACUGAAGGAGGAUAACGAGCUGGUAGCGGCACGUUCCGGGGAGAAUGAGUCCGAGUUCAGGGCGCUGCAGGAGACCAACAUGCAGGUGUCGCUGCUGCUACGGGAACGUGAGUUUGAGCUGAGCGCCGUGAGGGACAAAGCUGCUACUGUGGAGAAGAUGCUGAAAGACAAAGAACAGGGGAAAUCAGGAGAGCUCAAUCAGCUCCUGAAUGAAAUCAAGUCCAUGCAGGAGAAAGCUGUGGCCUUCCAGCAGGAGAGGGAUCAGGUGAUGAUGGCACUCAAGCAGAAGCAAAUGGAGACCACCGCUUUACAGAAUGAGCUGCAGCACACAAGGGAUAAAGAACAGCGCCUCAACCUGGAGCUUGAGAGGUUGCGCAAUCACCUCCUGGACAUUGAGGACUCGUACACGAGAGAAGCCCUCGCCGCAGAAGACCGGGAGACGGAGCUGCGUAGGCGAGCGGCCCUGCUGGAGGAGCGACUGGCCACAUCCUCCAAUGCGGUGGAGAGUGCCAGCCAGCAGGCCAGCAUGCAGGUGGAGUCCCUGCAGGAGCAGCUGAGCGGCGUGGUCAAGCAAAGAGACGACGCCCUCAUCCAGCUCCGGACCUCCCAGGAGCAGGUCACCCAGUAUGCAGUGUCCCUGUCCAACCUGCAGAUGGUGUUAGAGCAGUUCCAGCAAGAGGAGAAAGCCAUGUACUCGGCAGAGCUGGACAAGCUCAGGAAAGAGAAGGAGGAGUGGAAAAAGAAGGCUGACAAGCUAGAAGACCGAACGUCUGCUCUUCAGCUGAACCUCGACGAGGCCAACGCCGCUCUCGACUCGGCGUCUCGUCUCACGGAUCAGCUGGAUCUGAAGGAGGAGCAAGUUGAAGACUUGAAGAAGCAGGUGGCUGUGCGGCAAGAGAUGUUGGAGGAGGCCCAGAAGAAGCUGAUGAACCUCCUCAACAGCACCGAAGGAAAGAUUGACAAGGUCCUGAUGCGUAACCUCUUCUUGGGCUACUUCCACACGCCGAAAACCAAGCGCGUGGAUGUGCUGAGGCUGAUGGGCAGCGUCCUCGGGCUGAGCAGAGAGGACGUGGAGAAGAUGCUGGAGGAGGAGGCGGCUCGCGGCGUGAGCGGCUGGGUGUCGAGCUGGUUGGGAGGCCGAGGAGCCCAGAGUGUCCCCAACACACCGCAGAGGCCCACCAGCGGCCACAGCUUCAACUCGUCCUUCUCUGAGAUGUUUGUCAGGUUCCUGGAGACAGAGUCCACGCCCUCGCUACCUGCACCGAAGCUUCCUCUCCAUGAUAUCAAACCCCUCAGCCCCCCGCCCUUCGGGAGAACCAACAGCGGCGCCUCAGCGGUGAGCAAGCGAGCUGCCGACUCCAACCCCUUCCUGGCUCCCCGCUCCGCCGCCGUGCCGCUGCUGGGCGGCCCCGGUGCCGGCGGCCCGGGGGGUCACCUGCUGAUGAAGCCCAUCUCGGAAGCUUUGCCCACCUUUACGCCCGUGCCCGUGUCGGCCGAGGCCAGCGGCGGCGCCGUGCUGAAGGACCUGCUGAAGCAGUGAAAAGAAAACCACUCUCCUAUGCAGCCGUAAAGCGCAGUUUGUUUUUAAUGACUUUAAUAUCAUCUCCUUGCGUCGUUUCUCAACCAAAGUGACCUUGCGAGCGCCCACUUCAACCCAUGUGGGCUUGCUUCAACGAAAGUGCACUUUUUGGGGGAAUUUUGCCCAUCAUCUACAAUCCUUAUGUAAGACGUGAACAUACUGUACAUGGCUCUCUUUUCUGUGCCUUCUAAAGAUAAAAAAACAGACGAAAAAGAGGCAGCUAAUUAAUGCCGGUAAUAGGACACACCUCUUCUGCCUACACAGCCCGCUAUUAAAACUCCAGCAAGGUUUUAUGGUUUUUUUAUCCGUACUGCGAGCAUGUAGUUCCAUUUUCUGUGCUUUCUAAAGCGAGAAAAACAGCUAGCGUGAGGGAGCUAACAAUACACUUAGUGGGACAUAGCUUCUUCAACUGUAAAGCCCGCUAAAACACCUCCAACAAGGUUUUAUAUACCUAUACAUGCCGUUAGCAUGUAGUAACAGGUACAUACAUGAUAACAUGUAGUACUUGCAGUAUUUUGGUCAUUUGAAGCAUUACUUCCAUUGAUUUCACAUAGCAACAUAGAAAGGAACGCUACACCUCGCGUUAACUUUCCCAAACUCAAAAGCAAAAACACAGUGGCAGCUCCGAUAUGUAGCCUUACCUUCCGCUAGCAGCCUGAGACGACGUGAGCGAGUGUGUGUGGUGAAUCGAGUAGGUAGCGAGGUGUCACUACGCCAGUAACAUUGUUCUUGGCCGUAGCAAUAUCAAUAAUAAUAACAAUGUGGUUCACAUGCAGCUCACAUUAUGAAAAUGGAGCCUUUUGGCGCUUUUUGGAGAGUUUAUAGGUGUAUCCCAUUACGUGCAUUCUUAGCUGCCUCUUUUUUUGUUAGCUGUUUUUAUAUCUUUAGAACACAUAAGGAUUGUGAAUGAUGGGCAAAAUUGCAAAAAAGAAAGUGCACUUUUCCUUGAAGUCAUCACCUUAGUUGUACUUAGUUUUUUUAGGGUAUUAUUUGAUGUGGAGUUGCCAAACAUUGUGUGACUGGCUAACGCUUGGCCCUUGGAACAUCUGCUAAAGUCAUAAAGACCUUCCAUUGUGGGCUGUCAUAUACAGUAUGUUUAUCGGGGUUUUCUCUUAUUUAUGGGAGCUACUGGCACAGUGCCUGUGUUAUUUUUGCUAAUAAGCUGUGGAAUCAGGAUUGUGAAUAUGGUUAACAGGAAUAUUUAUAUUUACAGAAUAUAACAAGUGACUGCACAUUCAUGUGAGAGGUCGUAAAGGACAUUUUGUAGCGCUGGAAAAGUUUUCCAAUGAAAUAAAUGUACUUCUGCCCCCUG